AUGAGUGCUUUUGGCUUGAUACAAAUUGGCCUCAUACUGUCAAGCACCACCAUCAUCUCCAGUCUUCAGUGCAACCACCUCCCUUUGCAGCAAAGAAAAGUGAUCAAGAACAGCCUGCGACUCUUGGAUAAAAUGGGAAAAAAGUUUCCUGAACAAUGUCUAAGAGAGAAAAUGUCCUUCAGAUUUCCUACACAGGUUCUACAGCCCAGGCAGAAAGAGACUGUUGGAGUUGCCAUUGAAGAGAUAUUCCAACAUAUCUUCUAUAUCUUUAGCAAAAAUCUGACUCUAGCUGCUUGGGAUGGAACAGCUUUGGAUCAGUUCCAAAAUGGGCUUUAUCUGCAGAUUGAGCAAUUGGAGGCAUGUGUAUUUAAAAAGCACACUCAACACCACCGGAGUAAAGAAGCCAGCAGGCUGAAACUGAAAAAGUACUUCCAAAAAAUAGACUGUUUUCUUAAAGACAAACAACAUGACCUGUGCUCUUGGGAGAUCAGCCGUGCAGAAAUGAGGAGAUGUCUCCAAUUGAUUGAUAAGGUGACAAGGAAGCUUAAAAACUAA